UGAAACCAUAACUGGAAAUUGCCAAAUGUCAACACCAGUUGGAAAGAAUACAAUGGUGGUUCAAGGUCGUACUUACUGUGACCUUUGCAAAUUCGGCUUCGAGACUCCUGAAUCCUCCUACUUCAUCCCCGGUGCAACGGUGAAGCUUUCAUGCAGAGACAGGAAGACAAUGGAGGAGGUUUACACUGACGAAGCUGUAUCAGACAAACAAGGAAAUUACAAGUUCAUUGUCCACGACGAGCACAAAGACGAGAUGUGCGAUGUUUUGCUAGUGAAAAGCGCAGUCAAGGGAUGCUCUAAAAUCUCCGUUGGACGUGAGAAGUCUCGUGUGAUCUUGAACCAUUACAGUGGCAUUGCCUCGCAGAUCAGGCACGCUAACAACAUGGGAUUCGAGAAAGAAGUGAGCGAUGUGUUCUGCUCUGCUCUGUAUCACAAGUAUAUGGUUGAUGAAGAUGAGGAUGAUAUUAAAAGCCAUCUCUAAUCUCUCUGUUUUUAAUCUUAUGAUAUGCUGUUCUUUUUUCAUUAAUGAGUUUCGGGCUAUGGAAGGAGAUAUAUUUGUAUUUGUUUGAUUACUUAUUUGUCUUAGAUGAUGGAUGAUGACUCUGGUGAUCGGAAACUCAUCUGUUUGUGUAAGCUUCGUAUAUCUUGACGUGUCAUUUCCUUGCUUAGGAAGUGUCUUUUAUUAAAA